ACCUGUUUUACACGCGUCACUCAAACACAGAACCAGGAAACAGGAAACACAUGAGUUCAGGGAAAGAGAAACUGAAGUGUAGCUGAGCUGUUGUGUGUUUGUGUCUCUGUAUUCAUGCAGUAAAAUGGCAGAAGCCAGAUUUUCUCAGGAUGAGUUCUUGUGUCUGGUGUGUCUGGAUCUCCUGAAGGAUCCAGUGGCCAUCCAGUGUGGACACAGUUACUGUAAGAGCUGUAUUACAGACUGCUGGGAUCAGGAGGAUGAGAAGAGAGUCUACAGCUGCCCUCAGUGCAGACAGACCUUCAGUCCAAGACCUGCUUUAUUUAAGAACGUGGUGUUUGCUGAAAUGCUGGAGAAACUGAAGAAGACUAAACUUCAAAGUGUGGUUCCUGCUGGAGCUGGAGAUGUUCAGUGUGACGUCUGUACUGGAAGAAAAUACAGAGCCGUCAAGUCCUGUCUGGUGUGUCUGAACUCUUACUGUCAGAAUCACCUCGAACAACAUGAGAGUUGGUUUAAAGGAAAGAGACACAGUUUGAUUGAAGCCACUGGACGACUGCAGGAGAUGAUCUGCCAGAAACAUGAGAAGCUCCUUGAGGUUUUCUGUCACACUGAUCAGAAAUGUAUAUGUGUGCUGUGUACGGUUAUUGAACAUAAAAACCACGACAUUGUAUCAGCAGCAGAUCAGAGGACAGAGAAACAGAAGCAGCUGAAGGAGACGCAGAAGACGCUCCAGCAGAGAAUCCAGCAGAGAGAGAAAGAUCUUCAGCAGCUGAGAGAGGCUGUGGAGUCUCAUAAGCGCUCUGCACAGACAGCAGUGGAGGACAGUGAGAGGAUCUUUACUGAGCUCAUCCGCUCCAUUGAGAGAAGCCGCUCUGAGCUGAUACGGCUGAUCAGAGAUCAGGAGAAGACUGCAGUGAGUCGAGCUGAAGGACGACUGGAGCGACUGGAGCAGGAGAUCAAUGAUCUGAGGAGGAGAGACGCUGAGCUGGAGCAGCUGGAGCACACACAGGAUCACAUCCAGUUCCUGCAGGUAACACAGAUCUACAAGAACAGGCUCAGAGUGGACUUGAGCGAAAUCACAUUCACCAACAUUGUUCCCAGAACCAGGAACCACUUCCUACAAUAUUCCCGUCAGCUCUCUCUGGAUCUGAACAAAGUGAAUAAACACCUCCGUCUGUCUGAGAGCAACAGGGUGAUUACUGCCACUAAAACUGUCCAGUCGUAUCCUGAUCAUCCAGACAGAUUUGAUGGUUAUUAUCAGGUGUUGUGUAGAGAGAGUGUGUGUGGACGCUGUUACUGGGAGCUGCAGUGGAGUGGAGAUAGAGGUGUCAGGAAGGGUAAUGAAUGUUGGUUUGGAUAUAAUGAUCAGUCCUGGGGUUUGUACUGCUCUCCCUCCAGAUACUCAUUCAGACACAAUAACAUAAAGACUGAUCUCUCUGUGAAGUCCAUCAGCAGCAGAAUAGGAGUGUUUGUGGAUCACAGUGCAGGAACUCUGUCCUUCUACAGCGUCUCUGACACAAUGAGCCUCAUCCACACAGUCCAGACCACAUUCACUCAGACGCUCUAUCCUGGGUUUAGGGUUGGUAAUUAUAGAUCAUCAGUGAAACUGUGUUGAUGAAUCAGAAUAGACUGAUGAGGGAUUCUACCCAUAAUGCUUUGAGCUGCAUGAUAAAUCUGUAACAGUGAGAUGUCAUAGAGUCUCUUCAUGACAUUAAUACUGCAGCUGAACUUCUGUCAGUGAAAUAACGUCAGAAUAAAUAUG